AUGCCGCUUCAAGACCUCCCAGAGAUCCUGCUCCUUUGCAUGGAGGAGCAAUACAGCUCCGAAUUUCACCACGCGCUACCUUCUGUCUGGCCCGCUUUCGCCUCCAAUCCUCCAAUCACCAUCACCACAUUGAACGAGCGUCUCGCCGCUGUCCCCGACACUCAUUCCUUCCAGCUGGUCGUCUCUCCCGCUAACUCCUACGGUCGCCUAGACGGCGCCUUUGACGACGCCAUCUCACGCGCCUUCUGUCGUCCACACCAUGACUACGAUACGCUUACACGUGCCGCCCAACAAACUCUCUAUGACCGAUGGAGGGGAUUCGCCCCGCCGGGUACGUGUACUCUCGUCCCCUUUCCAGAGGAGCUCGUCGGUGAAAAUCCCUGGGGCUGUAAAUGGGUCGCUAUCUGUCCCACCAUGCGGUGUCCGUCCCGCGUGUCCUGGGACCGUGAGGUCGUCUAUAAGUGCGUCUGGAGUCUGUUGUGCGAGGUGGAACGGUGGAAUCGCGAGGUGCGCGAGAAGGCCAGCGGUGAGCGCAUCAGCCGUAUUCUCAUGACACCAUUGGCGACGGGCGUGGGCCGAGUUACCAAGGAGAGAUGGGCGGCGCAGUUAAUUAUGGCUUUAAAGCAUUUUGUGGAUGCGGUGGAGCGGCCCGAAAGGUGGCAGAGCCUAAGCUGGGAGGACAUAUAUGCCGAGGUGGAAGAGGUCGAAAAGACGUGGUUUGAAUGA